GUGGCAUGGUCUUUAUUGCUUUGUCUCCACGCUGUCGAAAGUUGAAAAGACUUGCGCGACUGUCACUUUUUAGCUGAACCGUUUACUUUCGUUUUAACACUGUUUUUCGACUAUGGAGGACUGGGACGCCGAGAUAGAUGACUCGGGAUCCGGGGGAACAAGUUUCCAACUCGGGUCCGGGCCAGGCUUUCAGCGUGGAGUCAGUCAAAGUACGGACAGUCAUCGCCGUCAAACCGAAAGCAACGGUCCGAUGGGCUUUGGUCGAGGAGGAGGAGGCGGCUGGGGAGGGGGGACACAACGCAAGGACGCCGCCGAUACCAGAAACCACGGCUUCGGUCGGGGGAGGUGGGGAAGCGACGCGGACAACUGGAGAGACCCGGGCGGGUCUAACACGAGCGUCGGCUUCCGUGGCCGAGAGCGUCGGGAGGAUGGCGAUCGGUUCACGGGUGGGGUGGGGAGGGGAAACCGCUUUGGCGACACUCGGGAAGGGGGUAGCUCUUGGGACCCAUGGGAUGGCAGAAACAGGCAACGGCAGGACGACCGUGGAGGGUUCGGAGGAAACCGCGAUAGAAGAGGAGGAGGGUUUGGCGGUCAGUCAUCCCAGGAGAAAGGCGAAUCGGGAGACAGGAAACUCAUCACUAUAGCCUCUGCUGAGGUCGGCAAGUUGAUAGGCAAAGCUGGAGCAAACAUCAAUCGCAUACGAGAUGAGAGUGGAGCUCGCAUCAAUAUCCGUGACCAGGGUAUUCUGGAGACUGAUGUGGAGUUGGUGGGGUCACCUGAGGCCAUCGAGCGGUGUGAGACCAUGAUUAACGACCACCUGCACCCAGAGGACAAGAUCAAGCAAGAAAUGGACAAAAUGACUCUGGAAGCUCCAGCCCCCAGGAUCAACUGGAAGGAGCUGCAUGCCAACAGGGAAGCCAACGAGGCCAAGAAAUGGGAACACUGCCCACAGAUCAAAAAGAACUUCUACUUUGAGGACCCAGGAGUUGCAAAUAUGACACCUGAAGAAGUGGAAGAGUUCAGGAAGGCAAACAACAAGAUCACAUGUACCAGUGAGUCAGGAGACCAGGUCCCCAACCCUGUCAGGACGUUUGAGGAAGCUUUCGAGCACUACCCCGAGAUCCUGACUGAAAUCUACAAACAGAAGUUUCAGACUCCCUCACCUGUUCAGAGUCAGGCGUGGCCCAUAGCACUGCAGGGGAAAGACUUUAUCGGCAUUGCUCAGACAGGAACAGGGAAGACCCUGGCAUUCCUUCUUCCUGGGCUUAUCCACAUCGACCUGCAGCCUUGCCCACGUUCCCAGAGAGGAGGUCCCAACAUGCUGGUCCUGUCCCCCACUCGGGAACUUGCUCUGCAGAUCGAGAAAGAAGCCAAGAAGUACAGCUACAAGGGCAUCAAGUGUGUGUGUGUGUACGGUGGUGGGAGCCGGCGUGACCAGAUCAACCUGGUGCAGAAGGGAGUGGAGAUCAUCGUGGCCACGCCCGGCCGGCUGAACGACCUGCUGAUGAACGGCAUCCUCAACAUCACCAGUGUCACCUUCCUGGUUCUUGAUGAGGCAGACCGCAUGUUGGACAUGGGAUUUGAACCCCAGAUCAUGAAGAUCCUGCUGGACAUCCGGCCGGACAGACAGACAAUCAUGACCAGUGCCACCUGGCCACCAGGUGUGCGUCGCCUGGCAACCAAGUACAUGAAGAACCCCUUCAUGGUCAACGUGGGGUCCCUGGAUCUGGCUACUGUACACUCAGUCACACAGUAUGUGGAGAUCAUUGAUGACGAGGAGAAAAAAGACAGGGUGAGACAGUUCUGUAUGGAGGAGAUGGAUGAAGAAGACAAGGCCAUGAUCUUUGUGGGACGCAAGGUCACGGCUGAUGAUCUGUCCAGUGACUUCUCUUUGGAUGGCAUCAACUGUGAGUGUAUCCAUGGAGACAGGGAGCAGUGUGACAGAGAGUCAGCUUUGGAAGCACUGAAGGAUGGAGUCGUCCGAAUCCUGAUAGCCACCGACGUCGCCUCCAGAGGUAUUGACAUCAAGGAUGUCACCUGGGUAGUGAACUAUGACUUCCCCCGGGAUAUGGAGGAGUAUGUGCACCGUGUGGGCAGGACAGGCAGAGCUGG